AUGGACCCAGAACUACAGGCUAUUCGUGAAGCCAGACUCCAAGAACUUAAGCGUCAUUCCGGUGGUUCCGGUGGCGAUUCUAAUCCAGAUCAAAGACCAGCCGGUGAUGCAGUAGCAGCUUUACUCCAGCCUCAAGCGCUGGAACGUCUUUCGCGAGUAUCAUUAGUGCGUCCGGACCGCGUGCGCGCCGUCGAAGCGUACCUACAACAACUGGCAGCUCGCGGCCAGAUAACGCGUAAAGUUUCCGAGCAAGAAAUUGUCGAGAUUCUUAAUGGUGUGGCCAGAGACGAAAACCGUAAAAACUCAACCAAGAUCAUUUUUGAUCGCAGAGACGAAGUAAACGUGACGAGUAGCACGAAUAACGGCGGUGACGAUGAUGACGAUGAUGACGAUUUUUUUGACUAG